CUACCUUGAUACAAUGGGACAGUCUUUAAAAUAUAUCAAAGUUCAUGUUCAGAUGCUACCUAUGUGUAUCAAAAUUGGGAGCUAUCUUAAAAUCGCUUUAAAAAAAUCAGGUGAAGCUUUCAAGGAGGGUAUUAUGCUAAAGAUUGAGGGAAAUAAUGAGAACAAGUUCGUCUAUAUUGUGAAAAGAUAUUGA